UGAGUGCCACCAUGUUUGAGAACUGCACCGGUUGCGUUAUGUGCUCCGAAGACAACGGCUGCGUCUCCUGCCAGCAGCGCCUCUUCCUCCUCAUCUGGAGGGAUGGGAUCCGACAGUACGGGGCCUGUGUCCACGCCUGCCCACUGGGCUACUAUGGGCAGCGAAGCCUGGACGUCAACCGAUGCAUCAAAUGCCGGUCGCCCAACUGCGAGAGCUGUUUCAGCAAAGACUUUUGCAUGAGAUGCCAAGAGCGCUUCUACCUGCACAAAGGGAAAUGCUUAAGCACCUGUCCUCCUGACACCAUGGCCUGGCACAGCACCCGGGAAUGCCAAGAAAACUGCGAGGCAGCCCCCUGGAGCAGUUGGAGCCCCUGCACCAAGCAAGGGCGGAUGUGUGGGUACAAAUGGGGCUCAGAGAGCCGAGUUCGGGAGACACUCUGGAGCGAGAAAGAUGAGGCGGCUCUCUGUCCAGAGCUGUCCGAGUCCCGGAAUUGUCGGAUGAAGAGACAUUGUCCCGGAG